AUGCUUGGAAAACACGACCAAAAAUACAACAUACCAUCUCUUCGUCCACAAACUCGAAAAAUUGCAAAAUCAGUCAUAGAUAAACGAUGGACUCGAAUUUCAGAGUCAUCGCUUGCACAAAUUGUAGAAAUAUUGAAAGAUAUUGAACGACCAGUUAUUAUGAGUAUUCGGCAUAAAACACGAAGGACGGAUGCACAAAGAAACUUAAAUAUAAUGAUUAAUAAAAUUCGAGACCGUCUUUCAAAAUUAUUAGUUCCACCUUCUUCAAAAGAAUCAUAUAAUUAUGAAAAAUUGAGAGAGAAAAAUAAAGAACUUGAAUCUAUUCUUAUUUCAAAUUUAGAACAAAUAUCACAACUGGAAAAAACAUUAGAUUGUGAAAAAAAUUUACUUACAAAAGAAGAGACAGAUUUUCGAGAAUUAGCAAAAAAUGCGCAAUAUAAUGAAAAUUCAAGAAAACAACAGCUUAAAAAACUUCAUCCUUUAUUAAGACCGCAAGAUGAUCAAUUAGAACCUGAAUUUUCAUAUACUCAAAUUAAUCUAGAUGAAAAUAAUAAUCUUUCUUACGAUGUAUCAAAUGAUAGGUCAUAUAUUCUUCUAGAAAAACAAUUAAAACAAUAUAUUAAUAGUAUAAAAUCAAGUUCAACAAAAGUUGAAAAAAUUAUUCAAUCAUCUCAAAAAACACAGGCUGCUUUAUUAAAGAUUCUAGCAUUAUAUGAUCACUCUUUAUUAUAUAAAAUUUUAAUUGAGACAUGUAUUUAA